GUGGAAAUUGAACGAAGUAAUUCAUUUUUUUAAAGAAAUUGAAAUGUUGUGUGCUAAAUUUCCUCGUUUGAAUAAAACAUUUAGAAAGCAUUUUAAGGGAGUAUUUUAGUUAACUUAAAACACAGAAAUUUAAAUUCCUUCAAAAAGAAAAGAAUUUAAAAUUCUCUUUUGCUUCACCACACGAACCCCCUCUCCAUAACAGCGGUCACUCGUCUCUUUGUUCACCCCUCUCUCCAUACCAGGGCUCACUCCUCUCUCUGCGGUACUUACUCCUCUCUCUCGGUCUCUCCUCAGAGGUUUCCAGAACUCCUCUCUCCAGUACCAGCACUCACUCAUCAGUCUGCGGGGACUCUCUUUUCUCAGACGUUCCAAGAACUCCGAUCUCGACCCAUAGUCUCAUUCCCUUGCGAUUUCGACCCACACUCUCGUUGUGCCACGGUGUGUUCAUUUUUUUUCGUUAAUUUGUAAUUUAUUUUUUAUUUAGUUGUUUGAUUUCAUUAGUUUUGUAUUGUGGGUACUCAUUGUUUGAUUUUGUUAAUUUGUAUUGUGAGUAUUUUUGCAAAUUUGUUAGGAACAGACCUUGCACUGUAGGUGCUUGUGUUUAUUAUAAGAACUUUGGUUUCUUCACUUUGUAUUUAUUCUUCCCUGUGUUUAUUCAUCAAGCUUUGUAACCCACCCAUGCCUCUAACUUUUGGACAGAUGUAAGUAACAAAAGAUGUUGAUAUUUGCAUAUCAUCAAUAUCAAUCAUGGUAGUUAUAUAUUUCUAGUUGUUGCAGUCUGCAGCACUGCCUUUUACCUUAUUAUGUUCUAAAAUGCUUCCUUAUAGAUGAAACCAUAGAUAGAACAUACUUAAUUCUUUGAUCCUACAAUCCUUUUGAUUUAAAAAUUUAACUAUAAAACAUCUUGAUCCCAUUGAUUUGAUUAUUCAAUUGAUUUAAUUAUUCAUUUGAUUAGUUGUACCAAAUUAAAAAAUUAAAAAAUCUUCUUAAAUGUCUUCUCUUUCUUCAUCACUGAAAGUCUAAGAAGGCCAUGUAUGAUUUCUGUUAUCUAAGUCUUUCUAUCAUUUGAUUCACAUAGCUAUUACUCUGAAUGAUUUGAAGUCACUGUUUCAUUAUAUUUGCCAAACCUCAACAUUCGUUAAGGCUAAAGUCAAUGGUUUACGGGAUACUAUUCUUUGUCCUAUUUGCAUUCACUUUGAGUUUAGCUUUUCUACUCUCAAAGUGUCUAUCAAAAAGUCAAACAAAAAAUGUUCCAAAAAAUGUUCCAAAAGGGUCUCUGGGGUACCCUAUCAUCGGAGAGACACUUAGUUUUCUCAAAGCACAGAGACAAGAUAAGGGUUCUGUUUGGUUGGAAGAACGGAUAUCUAAGUAUGGCCCUAUCUUCAAAACCUCUUUAAUGGGGUUCCCUACAGUCUUAGUAAUUGGACAAGAAGGAAACAAGUUUGUCCUUGGUUCACCAGAUGAUUUGCUUUCUUCUAAGAAACCCCUCACCCUGCGAAAGAUACUUGGAAGGCAAAGCUUAGUUGAACUUACAGGACCAAGAUACAGGUUAGUCAAAGGGGAAAUGUUGAAAUUUUUGAAACCUGAAUGCCUUCAGAACUAUGUCAAAAAGAUGGAUGAAUUGGUGAAUGCCACAUUAUUGAGAGAAUUCAGAGAGAAUGAAACCAUUGGAGCUGUGGUCUUCAUGAAGAAACUGUCCUAUGAGAUAGCAUGCAAUCUAUUGUUUGACAUUAAGGAUGAGCACACUAAGGAGGCUUUGUUUGUAGAUUUUACUUUGGCAUUUAAAGCAAUUCAUUCUCUUCCCAUCAAUCUCCCUGCCGAGCCAGGGCAAGAAUUGUAGACAGGAUGAUUCCUAUUAUGAACAAAAGAAGGGAGGAACUGUCAAAAGGAUAUUGCAGUAUUGUUUAAUUACAUAUCAUUUAUCUUUUAAUUGUAGAUAGAAACUGUCAAUAAGGAAUAACAUAUCAUUCAUCUUUUAAUUUUGCAGUA